AUGGCUAGAACCGAUUCCACCAUUACUUCAGAAAUGGAUUACUCCACCUCAUUUGUGGCAUCAACAAAUUUAGAAUCUUCUGAAGCUCCAAUCUCAUUAGUGCUCAGAAUAGGAGAGGUUUGCUUGAUGGAUGGAAGCUUGAACCAUGAAAAAUGCUUAGAAGAUAUUUCAAGACCAAAAGCAAGGGAUUCUGGAAAUAGCUUCCGCGCUAAGCACGGUGUGAGCGCGCUAAGCGCGAUGGAGGACUCUAACAAUUGUGAUUCACCUUGUGAUGGACAGAGUGUAGGGGUGAUCCUAAAUCACACGACUACCGAGCUGAAACGUGACCUUCAACCACUCAAUAUUGAUUCGAUUUCUUUCUCGGACUCUGAUGCUAGCUCUGUGGUUUCUAUGAAGGAGGGUUGUGGAUCACCUAUGUCAUCAUGGGCUUCCGAUUCCGAAAUUGAUAUCUCUGUGACCAGUUGUCAUGUAAUGCCUGAGGAGUCCCUUCAGGAUGUUGACCUUGAAGGAAACUAUGAAAACCAGUUCGUCAGGGUGGAAAACAAUGAUGAUGGUUUUUUGUGGGAGAUGGACAAUAGAAGUUAUGAAGAGUUGCUCAAAAAGUUCAUUGAAAAGGAGGAAGAGUUAAGAGUUUCCAAUUUUAAGCUUCAACUUUCGGAACAAGAGAUUGUAACUUUGAAAGUUCAAGUUGAGAAUAGUGAGAGUGAGAUUAAUGAUAUGCAUGAAAAAUUGGAGCUGAAAGAGGAUGAGUUGUAUGAACAAAAGGAGCUUUCGGAUAAAGAGAUUUUCAAGUUGAAGACUCGAAUUAGAGAAUGUGAAAAUCAACUUGACGAUGUGCGCGGAGAAUUAAAUCUGAAAAAGGGGCAGCUUGAUAGUGUGCACAGAGAAUUAAAGCUGAAGAAGGGUCAGCUUUUUAUGUUGCGUGAAAAGUUGAAGCUGGACUUGAAAAAUGUUCAUCUUGAUUAUGAGAGCAAAUUAAAUUUGAAAAACGGUGAUCUUGAUAAAAUGCAUGAAGAGUUGUUGCUGAAAAAGCAUCAGCUUGAUAAUGUCCGUGAAGAAUUGAAGCAGAAAGUGAAGGAGCUGAAUGAACAAAAAGAGCUUUCGAAAGAAGAGAUUUUCAAGUUGAAGACUCAAACUAAAGAGAGUGAGAAUCAACUCCAAAAUGUGAUGGAAGAAUUGGAGCUGAAAGCGGAUCAGCUUGAUAAUGUCCGUGAAGAAUUGAAGCUGAAAGCGGAUCAGCUUGAUAAUGUCCGCGAAGAAUUGAAGCUGAAAGCGGAGAAGUUGAAUGAAGAAAAGGAGCUUUCGAAAGAAGAGAUUUUCAAAUUGAAGACUCGACUUACUGAAAGUGAAAAUCAACUUGAAAAUGUGCGGGAGGAAUUGAGUCUGAAAAAGGAGGAGCUGCAAAAACAAACUGCUGAGUUGGAUACUCAUAUUCCAGACUGUGUCAACAAGAUUACAGAUUUGAUGGAACAACUCAAGAUUUCAAAGAAUGAAGUCACAAAUUUAAGAAAGGAACUUGAUAGUAAGUCAUCUAUGAUUCAUCAGUUGUAUUGUCAGAUUAAAGAGGAAAAGGAAAAUCGCGCUGCAUUAGAAUGCAACAUAGAAACCUUGGUUUCAAUAAAAGAGGAGAGUGACAUUAACCACGAGGAGGAGUUGAGAAAUUUGAAUUUGACACUGGUUGAUAAUGAGGUUAUUUUCUCUUGGGAGAGAGAAAAGAUGGAUGCUGAUAUUGACAGAUUGUCAAAACUGAGACAACAAUUGACUUCUAAACUGGAGGAAUUCGAGACUAGAAACAAGGAGUUAGAAAAAAAAGUAAUGCUACAUGGAGCUGAAAAAUCGAGUGAGAAUAAGCUUCAUUCUGCUGAAGUAAAACUUUUGCAAAACGAAAUCAGUUGUUUGAAGAAAGAACUUGGUCAAAGAAUAAAUGAUGCAAAAGCUGCGAAUAAGGAAUCAAACAAGGUAAGGGUUGAAAUAAAUGAAGCCAAUGCAAAGGUUGAUAAGCUUAAGGCUGAGAUAUGUUCGCGGGGCGAUCAAAUAUCACAAAUGAAGAAUCAUAUAGACGAGCUGAACAGCUCACUGAAGGAGCUGGUGGUCCAUUAUGGAACUAAAGUGAAUGAUGAAAACAAGCUAAUAAUGCGAGUGGUAGAACUUGAAAAAGAGAUGAGUAAGGCUGCAAAACAGGCUGCAGAAAGGGGUGUGGAGAAGAAAGAGGCAGUUAAGCAUCUAUGGAAUUCACUUGAGCACGGUUGGAGUGGAUACAAUGACUUCUAG